UUGGCCGAGUAGCGGUGGUUAAGGCGCAUCGCGCUUCCCCUUACCACACGAGUAUACGCUCCUCGUUGUCGCAAACAACGAAUCAUCGUACGCGUUUAGUACGUAUAAGUGCCAGUGGGGUCGUACAAUUAUACACCUUGGACACAAGUGUUACCCGGUGCACGGGAAGAGGGUAUUUUUAUGGUACGAGAUGAUGGGCCGAAAGGCGUUGGCGGACCACGACAGCGGCAGCUGUAGUACAGGGGAGCGUCUGCACAACGAGCCGUUGACCCCCCACGUCUUCGUCGUCCACAGCCGUCCGAUAUCCCAGUGAUCCUCUCACGGUACGCCGUGCCGGUGGAGGGCGCGCGCGCACCCCAACGACCGAGAGAGGGAGAGAGAGAGGAUAUCCAGGAGCGUGAAAAACAGUGCACGACACGGCUAAUACCCGGCCAGGAAGUAAUAGGUGGUGGUGCACUCGGGGCCUGCACGUAAGGGUAUACAGUCGACGGGGAUGAGCAACCCGUGCACGCCAUCGCCGCCAACGAGCAGUGCCUGCCCGCUGCUGGUGUAUACACUCGGCUCUCCUCGCGUCAAUCGAUAAGCGACUCUCUCUCCCUCUCUCUCUCUCUCUCUCUCCGCUCUCUCUGUUUUGAGGCUCGCGCAGCAGCCGCCCAUAGUGUACACCCGUGUUUUUAACGCCCGUCGUCAACACCGUGUUCCCGACUCCCCUCCUCACCGUGAUUGCAGCCUCGGGUGCGCUGCCUCCGCGAGUACCCCAUUUUUACACCUCCUCCUCCUCCUACACAGCUUCUUCCUUUUUUUCUUCCCUCUUUCGAGUCUCGUCCUGAUCCCUAGUGGUGCCCGUCGACGCCCCUCCACCCGCAACCUGGAUAUUGUCCCGCGGGAGGGUGACAAACAUGAGCCGAGCGAGGACCAGCGGCCACGGAGCAGAACUCGUGCUCCGCGUUGCCCCGUCGCCGUAGUUAUCCGCAGUGGAGUUGGUAACUGACCGGUGCUCGGAGAGGGUAACAAGUGCGAGUGCCGUUGACGGGAGCCCGGCGUUAUAAUAUUGGCGCGAUGCAGGGCCGCAGGUGCAGAGGCCUCGCGGGGGGUUAGCUCCCGAAUUCCCGCGGAGGACGCCACAGGACCGAGAAGGAGGCGGGAGAUAGGAGAGCCAGGUGGGACCGGAGGCGCUCGACGCCGGAGACUACUGGGAGCGAGCUGGUCUCGCCAACGGGCGCAUGGAACAUGAAAGAGAAAUCCAGCAGACCCAACGACAUGGGAGCAUGCGUUAGUCACGGGCAUGGUGGAGCAGGUGGGGAUGGCCACGACUCGGCGAGCAGUAGCUGCCGAUUGCGGGCCCAGAGCCAGGGCAGCGUCGGCCCGGACUCGACGGCCGGCACCUGCAGAUUGCGCUCUCAGAGCCAAGGCACGGGCCACCAGCCCGAGAAGCAGCCGGGCUCGCCUCAGAAGCGCGGCAGUCACAACUUGGGACAGGCCCAGCAGGGCACCGGCGGGAAGCCACAGCGACAAGUUCAACGGCACGGCCUCGCCGGACGCUCGCGCAGGGACAACUUUUGCCUGUGGUGGUGCUGCUGCUGCAAGUGCUCGCACAAAUGUUUGGCGAACGUGGGCCAAGGCAACGCGGCCUCCCUGCGCCCGGGUGGCGACUACGGGGUGGACGUGGGCCUGCUCGCGGAGCUCCUUGGGGGCGAGUUGGGCAACGAGCUGAACCACGAGCUCGACAAGAUCAGCAUGGAGGAGAUCCAGGCGUGGGGCGAGUCGUUCGACCGGCUGAUGCGCAGCCCCGUCGGGCGCACCCUCUUCAAGGUAUUCUGCGUGAGCGAGUACAGCGACGAGAACAUCGCCUUCUGGCUCGCUUGCGAGCAGCUCAAGAACGAGCAAAAACCCGACAAGAUCGAGGAGAGGGCGCGCACCAUCUACGACAAUUACAUAUCCAUCAUCUCGCCCAAGGAGGUGAGCUUGGACUCGCGGGUGCGGGACAUUGUGAACCGCAACAUGACCCAGCCGACGCCCCACACGUUCGACGAGGCCCAGCUGCAGAUCUACACGCUGAUGCACCGGGACUCGUACCCCCGCUUCAUAAACAGCGAGAUAUACCGGAGGGUGGCGCGACUGGGGCACGCGCGUCCCUUCGACAACCCGGCGAGCGCUAUGCAAGACGCGAGCAACCGGCCGCUCGAGGACAGCGUGACCAACGUGGUGGGGACCGACCCCGGCCCGGAUCCGGCCCCGGCCACUGGCUCCCUCGAGACCCGCAAGUCCAAAAAAUCCAUCACGUAAUCGGGCCCCGCUGCGUAACACCCCUCCGGUGUAUAGCAUUACAUCCUCGUCGACUGAUGCGGGGAGAGGAAGCGACGGAUUUUUCUGUACACCUCACAGGCAAAGGUGCCCGCCCCUCCCCUGAUAUUAUUGUUAUUAUUAUUAUUAUUAUUAAAAUUAUACACAGCUACAUACAUAUACGCUCGUUCGCGUGCGCUGGAAUUAUGAUGCUGUCUCCACGUGGAUACAUGGUGGGAUUUUGACGAACACUUUGCCGACAAUGAGAAGAAAACAAAAUAAUGAAAGUGAACAAAUCCGCGAGUGCGGGCAAAAAAGAAAAAAAAAAGAAAUAAAAACAGUGAAGCACAACAAACGCGCGUGGCUAUACGAGAAAAAGGGAAAACAACAUUUUUCUUCUUCAUCCACUUCGCGUGUAUGUAUGUGAAUGUCAUAGGUAAAUAACAUAUACAGUACACGUAUGACAGACGAGCGAGAGGCGUCUCCUUUUUUAAUUCAGUCUUUCUUUCCUACUACGCACACGAAAAAAAAAAAUAUAUAUAUAUAUCUAUGUAUGAAUAUAAAAGAAAAAAGAGAAAAAAGUAGUAUAUGACGGCUGUACGAGGUGCACGCGCGUGGUGUACACUCGACGGCUGAAUUAUUACAAUUACGUGUACGUGACGUAUAUUAUGCGAGCGACGCGUUUCCUCGAAAAGAGAUCCACCGAUCCUAAUCGACGAUUAAACGACUCGUCGUUUGUUGUAUACGGACACACGCCGCGUAUGAUGCUAGAGAUAAAAUUAAGGGAGCAUGUGUUGUUUAAACGAUGAUAAUAAUAAUAAUGAAAAAAAAAAAAAAAUAGGUCUUCCAACGAGAAGCCAUACACCGGGGCCACAAUAUCAGAGACUAUGUAUACAUAUAGAUACACCAUACAAUGCUUGCGCUGUAAAAGAAACAAAAAAUCCGCACGAGUAAAACAAAACGAUCGUGCGUACAUGAUAACACUGUCUUGUAGCAAAAAAAAAUACAAAGGAGCAAACCUCUCGGAAGCUUUCUCGUGUUGCACGCUACUCUGGAGCUUUUCAAACGCGAAAAGAGCGCACGCACGCACACGCGCGCAAAUUUGUCAUACGCACACGUUCGCGAGUGUACAAAUUGUAUUAGCGCGAAAAGCAAAAACAACGUCACGUUAAUUUCCGCGUCGCAUGGCUCUGGCGCUUUUUUUCCUCCAUGCCUCUCUUCUUCUCCCUACUCCUCCUAUACAGCAUAAAACGCAAGCUCCGUCGCAUACGUAUACUUAUAAAUGUAUACCCACCCUCCUGCGCCGUCUUAUCGCGUUCGAGACUACAUGCGUGACAUAAUUAUUGCUAUUACAAGUAGAUGUACCUUCAUUAUUAUUAUUAUUAUUGUUGUUGUUGUUGCCGUUGUUGUGCACUCUAGCGAAGCAUACAAAAGGAGCGCAUUUGCUCGCCUCUGUGUUUAUUGAGAAAGUCGACAGAGCAACAAGAUAAAAUACGAGUAACGCACUUUACUUUACCUAUGGAUGUUACACCCGCCGAUUUGUUACAAUUUAUCAUUAUAAUUUUUUAUUCAAAAAAAAAAAGAAAAAAGGAAAAAUAAGUGAAAAUUAUGAUAUACCUUUAUAAAAACACCAUUGAAUAAACAUUUUCGUGUUUCAAGCAAUGCAAAGCGUGAUGAUUUUUUUUUUUUUUCUUUUCUCCGUCAACUUGUCAUUUUUUUUUUUUUUUAUCCAUGCACCACGUUUGUUUUACCCUUUCUCUCUACUGUAACAACAUUUUCUCACGAGCAGGCACAACUUAAUUUUUCCAUACAUACCAUUUUGUUCCUCGCUCUUGUACUCUAUGGACUAUACACCGUACCAUUCCACUUUUUCCACCGCUGCGAGAAUCUAAGGUACAUGAAAAAAAAAAAAAAAAAAAAGAAAAAAAACUUAUACUUUUUCCCUCUUCAAUUAUACUCGAGUACUUGUACAAACUCCACUGCGUUCGUACUUUUAUACUUACGCGGUUUAUGCGCUCGGCGAACUGAUGGUACUUAUACAGAGGCGAAUAAAAAAAAAAAA